GAGGGGGCUGCGCAGGCGCGCGCUCGGGCAGCCCCGGGCGGAAGCGCGCCGGGGUCCUGCGGGGGCCGCGCCGGAAGCCGGAAGGAGGCAACGGGGGGGGCGCGGAGAGCGGGAGCGAGAGCGAGCCCCGCCAUGUCGCAGCCGCCGCCCUCGGAGCCGCCCGCGCCCCCCCCGGCCCCCCGGGCCCCCCCGGGGCCCCCAGCGCCCCCCUGUGGCCCCGCCCGGCCUGAGGCCCCCCCCGCACCCCGCUCCAAGGGCCCCGUCUACCGGGUGGGCUCGCGGCGGUGCCGGCGCUGCCUCAUCACCUUCGCGGACGCGGGCUUCGCGGCGCGGCACGCCAAGCGCCAGCACCCGCGCGACUUCGCGGCGGCCGCCCUGCGCGGGGCCCUCUUCGUCUGCUUCGUCUGCGCCCGCCCCUUCGCCUCCUCCCCCGCCCUGCUGCGCCACCAGCGUGGCCACGCCCCCCGCCCCGCCCCGCCCCGCCGCCCCCCGGCCCCGCCCCGGCCCCGCCCCCCGCCCGCCCCGCCCCGCCGCCGCCCCGCCGCCGCCCCCGCCGGCCCCGCCCCCGCCUACGCCUGCACCGAGUGCGGCCGGGCCUUCGCCCGCGAGGGCGCCCUGCACCGCCACUACAUCCGCCACGCCCGCGGCGAGCUCUGACGUCACCGCCGCCGCCUCUGACGUCAGCCCGGCGAGCUCUGGCGUCGCCGGGGCGAGGCCCGACGUCACCGUGACACCCGCGGCGAGCUCCCAUUUCACCCCGGCGAGCUCUGGUGUCACCGCGGGGAGCUCUGGCGUCACCCCAGUGAGCUCCGAUGUCACCGUGACACCCGCGGCGAGCUCCCAUUUCACCCCGGCGAGCUCUGGUGUCACCGCGGGGAGCUCUGGCGUCACCCCAGUGAGCUCCGAUGUCACCGUGACACCCGCGGCGAGCUCCGACUUCACCCCGGCGAGCUCUGGUGUCACCGCGGGGAGCUCUGAUGUCACCCCAGUGAGCUCCGAUGUCACCGUGACACCCGCGGCGAGCUCCCAUUUCACCCCGGAGAGCUCUGGUGUCACCGCGGGGAGCUCUGGCGUCACCCCAGUGAGCUCCGAUGUCACCGUGACACCCGCGGCGAGCUCCGACUUCACCCCGGCGAGCUCUGGUGUCACCGCGGGGAGCUCUGAUGUCACCGCGAUGCCCAUGGUGAGCUCUGGCAUCGUUAUGGCAAGCCCUGAUGUCACCCCAGCGAGCUCUGACAUCACCGUGACACCCACGCUGAGCUCUGACAUCACCGCGGCAAGCUCUGAUGUCAUCAUGACACCUGCGACAAGCUCUGACAUCUCUGCAGUGACCUUUGAUAUCAUUGUGGCGAGCUCUGACAUCACCAUGGCAAGCUCUGAUGUCGUCCUGGUGAACUCUGACAUCACCAUGACACCCAUGGCAAGCUCUGAUGUCACCACCAUGAGCUCUGACACUGUCAUGACAUCGACCACGCUCGCAGCAAGCUCUGGCGUCGUGGUGACAUCAGCACAACAUCCACGAUGAACCAUGAUGUCACGGUGACAUCGUUGACACAUCCACUACACCCACGGCGAGCUCAGCUGUGACGUGGCGACUGCUGUGACAUCACAGUGACAUCAUGGCAACCACCAUGAUGUCACAACUGCUAUGACGUCAUGGUGACGGACACUACAUUUGUGGGAGCUCCAACAGGUGACGGUGACCACCGUGGCGACCACUGCAACGUCACGGCAACGUCACGGCAACCGCCGCAACAUCCGCCUGGCCCCGCCCCCCUCCAUGGCUGGGGCCACUCAGGGGCGGGGCUAAGGGGGCGGGGCCAAGGGGCUCGGGGGCGGGGCCAAGGGAGGGGGCGGGGCCAAGGGGCUCCCUUGUGGGUCUGGAAUAAACAAGCUGGAGCCUCUGA